CAGAUGCUGUGGAUUUGCGCCGUUAUUUGUACUGUGCUCCUUUUGCCCUCGACCAUCAGAUCUGCGAUUGUGAAACCGCUUCGAGGUAUCGGUGCCUAUGCAUUCACGUUUCGGUGUCACUCUAGAUUUGCGUACAACUUUCGAUCGGUCCUAGUCGCCUUCGGCUACCCUCGUCUACUCCAACCGCCCCUGAUACUUAUGUGAAGUGGUACUGGAAGGAAAGCCCUACGGCACUAUCGAUCUCGUGGUUGGCCAGAAUGCCCGGGAGUGACACUUUUGGGGGCUGAAUCUGGGGCUUGCUGAUGACCAUAUCCGAAGACUGGGACGGAUCUAUUGCGGUCGAGGCUCGACGGAUAGAUUCUGAUUGCACAGCCUGAUAUGGCUUCAGCUAUCAGCGACCAUGUCUCUGCACCGUCGGAUCUGGACCUUACACUGGAUCUGACAGCAUCCGGACAUAUUACCGAUAUACUCGAGUUCGACCUCGAUGAAAACAGUGCAGCUGUUACAACCGAAGCCAAUACCCAAGGAACGAGUCCGUCGGAUGAGGGCGGGGUAUCCACUCCGAACAGCACAUCUUUGGAAACACCACGCACGUCGGUUGCCAAGCGCAAAGGCAAGAUCGUCGUUACGAAGCCCAGGCGGGUUCGGACAGGCUGUUUAACAUGUCGGGAACGCCACCUGAAAUGUGAUGAGGCUCUGCAUCGAUGCCAGAACUGCCGGAAGUCGGGCAGAGUAUGCAGGCGCGGAAUUCGCUUAAACUUUAUAGAUAUUCAGAAAUCCACACCUCCGCACUGUGUAGUUCGUAUCCCAGCGAGUGGCGUGACGUUUCGGGAUGAGUCGCGACUUAUAGCGUCGGAGUAUGUGGGCGGGAUUGAGAGAUAUCCUCCCUUGGUAGCGGAGGCAUCGCCGGAGAAGGGAACUGCGACAGGGUCUUCUUUGACCCCUAACCCUAGCACACAGAAAGCUUCCUUUGGACAAGGAUUUGGGACGCCCCAGUCUGGGAACUUGGGCGGCGCAUUCAACAGUUUGUCGCAGUUGACAAACACGCCAUAUUAUGACCCAACUGCAUCGUUUGCUCCUUUUCGGUCGACGAAACAGGGUCAUAUCAACGCCACAAACCAUACGUGUCUCAAUAAUCCAGAAGAGGUUUAUCUGCUACAGGUCUUUGUCGAAGAGGUUGGGUUGUGGAUGGACUCAAUGGAUGCAGUGAAGCAUUUCACGCAUAUACUGCCUUUUCAUGCAUUAGAGGAGCCCAUGCUCCUCAAAGCUCUCCUGGCAUGCGGUGCGCGGCACCUUUUCCAUGUGGAUGCCUCAUAUGGCGAGGAAAAGGCCGCGGAGUUGCAUAAUGUCGCCUCGCAAUAUCUUCUUCACUCGUUGCAAGAUCCUGAUCGUGACUCUGCCUUGUGUGCUACAACGGCGAUCCUACUAAAUAUAUACGAGUUGAUGUCCGGUAGACCAAUCCAAGGUAUGAGUCACAUUGCUGGUGCAAGAGCUUUGAUCAAGGAGUGUCACUGGAAUGCGAAGACACCGGGUCUUGGCGGUGCUUGUUUCUGGCUGAAUGUAAGCAUGGAAUUACUUAACUGUCUGCACUUCAAUUGGACACUCUCCUGGGACCCGGACAGAUGGGGUGUUGAACUGGACCUGAAUCAUGCCCAGCCUAGUGUUGCAGGCAACGAAGAAGCAUGGACGCACCAGAUGGUCUUUAUCUGCGCAAAAAUUGCGAACUUCAGAUCCUUAGCGCAGCCGCCAUCACUAGAGGCAUCGGCCAAUGACAUGCGGAUCAGCCAGCGCUAUCAGGAAUGGUGUACUUACAAUGACUGGUGUGAUCAGUGGGCUAGAGCUGUACCCCGGUCUAUGAUGCCUCUCGGCUAUCUUCAUUCAUGGCAAACAACUUCGAAAUCUGUCUUUCCAGAGAUCUGGCUCAUCAAGCGCUCUACGAUCAUCGCUCGACUGUUAUAUCAUACCGCACGAAUUCUUUUAACGAAAACAAACCCUGUCGAGCCAGAAUUCAGUGCUGAGAUGCAGACCAUGCAGCAAAGCCAUGCACGAGACAUUUGCGGCCUCGUGGCACACUCAAGGGAUCGCGGAGUCGCGAGUCUGUCCAUCCGCUUCCUAGCCAUUGCUGCAGAAUGUCUAGCAACAAGGGAGGCCCAACAGGAAGCCUUCGAGAUACUCGAAAAUAUUAUAAAGCAAACCGGCUGGAAAGCCGAGCACGUGAAAAAGGAACUCCAGGAAGCCUGGGGCUGGAGUGAUCCUCAUGGUCCCCCGAUGCAUAUGUCGGAAGAUAUUCUGGCGUUGUUAAACGGCGACCAUUCUUUAGACGCAGCCCAUGCGCCUGUUCGUCCCAAAAUGCCGGCUGGAGUGAUCAAUCCGGUCAUGGCUAGUGCGGACUUUUCGAUGGAGAACCAUCCCUAUCGGGACUAUUAUGUUGCUCCGCAUCGUUCUCUCAAUCAGUAUCCAUACGGAGGGUUUUAGACUGGUGGAAAUUGUCACUGGCGUUGGGGUUGAUUGUUUGGCGUGAUGUCGGGAGGAGAUUGUCUUUUAGAUACCAUUAGAGUUGUGUUCGUUUCUUUGUAUGUGUAUCGGCAUGCUGUACGAUAUUAUCUAUCUACGAUAUACUCUAUCUAGCCUAUACUCGAUCGUGACAUCCCCACUAUGAUGAGAUGCGCAGAGUUUCUGUGAAGGCUUUCUGGAGAUAGCUUGGUCC